CGUGGCGGAGGGGAUGGCUAUUAGCAGCGCUGCAGAGGCGCAGUAACUCCGUUGGAAUUAGCCUCCGCCAGAGGGGUAGCUUCACCGUCUACAUCCAUCUCUCCUUCCAUCCCGGUUAUAUCAGUGGUGGAUGUCAUGCCACUGGAUUUUCUGCCCCCAUCAGCAGCGGGCAGUGAUUCAAUGCAGGGAAUUCCGAGCUAAUGAUUCAGAGGACAUUGUUGAGGAUUCCAGCGCUGGAAAGAUGGUGAUAGUCCUCCACCACCGCCACUCAAUCCUGUCAACCAUGUCUACAUUCCACCGAUCAUCACUGCCAUGGAUUUUUGGGAGCAACAAUGGCAUCCUACACCUCGCAUACUGACUGGAUAGAUUUGUAGGAUGCGUUCUCUGCGUAAGACAGUGUUGUUAGCACUGGUAGCGUCUGUGGUCCUGUUUCUGGCAGUGCUACACACAUGGCCCACUCGGGCCUACAGCACCGUGGAUGUCCGUCAGAGACCCGGACCUGGAGUGGAACGGCUGUUGGAGGAGAGACUCCCAGAGCCGGACCCCAGUGCUAGCACCGUCCCGUACCGUGUGAGGGAGAGUGUCGCCGGGCUUCUGGCACGUAAUGGCUGUGUGUGUGAGGGUGAGAGAGGAGGUGUGAACUUGCCGUUUGCUCAACUGCUGUUCCCACGAGUUUCUGCUCACCCCCUGCACACAGCCUUCCAGCCCUCCCAGCUGGAGGAGAUGAAGAGACGGCGAGCCAAAGAGUAUCAGGGCUUCCAAAUGAGGUCACAAACCCCUGCUGAUUUUCUGAUUGUAGCUGAAGCUAAUAGCCCACUGCAAUACCCAACACAGGGUGUGGAGGUGCGGCCACUCAAGACGAUCCUUAUACCAGGCUUGGCCUUAAAAGACCUGCCCAGAGACGUUUACACUUUGAAUUUCUCGGCAUCUCUGGGCACGUUUAAUGUGGCAGCAGAAGUGGACGGGGUAAAGAUCAGAGGUGAUGGAGAGAUGCACAUGAGCCUAAUCAGCUGCCUCUUGCCCAACCUGAACCGCCAGCUUCAGUUCAUCACUUAUACGAACACACUGUUCCACCCCAGCACUGCAGACACAGUGCAAUUAGAGACCGAAGGACAUCAAGCUCUUUUCACCAUCAAAAUCCGUCAUGGAGUGACACCUAAGCUCUACAACACCGGCUCAGACGGAGAUAAAGAAUACAAUAUCAGCGCUCUGGUCACCAUAGCCACUAAAACAUUUCUGCGGUAUAACAAGCUCCAGGACCUGAUUGACAGCAUACGAAGAUACUACCCAACAGUCACCAUAGUAAUAGCGGAUGACAGCGAAAAUCCGAAAAUGGUGUCCGGCCCAAAUAUAGAGCACUACAUCAUGCCGUUUGGAAAGGGUUGGUUUGCAGGCCGUAAUCUAGCUGUGUCGCAGGUCACCACUAAGUACGUUCUAUGGGUGGAUGAUGACUUUAUCUUCACUGCCAACACCAAACUAGAGAAACUUGUGGAUGUUCUGGAGAAGACCACACUUGACUUGGUGGGAGGUGCGGUGCGUGAGGCUACAGGCUACACUGCCACCUACAGGCAGACUAUCUCUAUAGAGGCAGGAGAAGAGGAUGGGGACUGUCUGCACAUGAGACGUGGGUUCCAUCACGUCAUCCAAGGCUUCCCCAACUGCGUGGUCACUGAUGGAGUCAUUAACUUCUUUCUGGCCCGGACAGAUAAGGUGCAGCAGGUGGGCUUUGACCCACGGUUAGCCCGCGUCGCCCACCUGGAGUUUUUCAUCGAUGGACUGGGUUCUCUUCACGUCGGUUCGUGUGAUGAUGUCAUUGUGAACCAUGCCACCAAGAUCAAGCUUCCGUGGGGUCAGUCGGAGAGCGACAAAACCUACGCCAAGUUCCGCUACCCCCCGGCAUCUUCUGACGCUACACAUACCAAAAAUGGCCUCCUGUACUUCAAGAACCGCUUCCAGUGUCUCACACACAACUGAACACACUCUUCCACUGCGCCCUUGUUCCCUCUUUUUGUCUUCCUUUCUGAAAAGACCUCUUUUUUCUGGAGUAGCUAAAGGGGAUCUUUAAGGGGACCCGGGAAUGUGUGUAUGUGUGUGUGUGUGUGUGUGUAUGUGAAUGCAUGUGUGUGUGAAUGCCUGUGUGUGUGUGUGUGUGUAUGUGUGUCUACAGUCUGCUAAGUUUUCCCUUUCCUUCAUUUUAAUGUGGGAAGGUUCAAAAUAGUCCCCUCCUUUUGGAGGGCCCCAAAGUUGAUUUUAUUUUGACUGACAGAGGAUAGAUAGCAGCUGAUUGUUGUUUUUUUGUUGUUGUUGUUGCUUUUUUAAUAACUGAUGGAUGAAGAUCAUAUUUUUUAUGUCCUGAUCUGCUCAGUUUGGAUUUUUCAAGAGAAGUCAUUCCCUGUCUGAAGCAGCUCAGUCACUUUGAUUUUUCUUCUGCCAGUCACAGAUGAUUCUGUCCUGUGUUUUUAAGGGGAAAUUAGGGUUUGUCCCUCAUGAGAGUUUGACGUGUGGACAAUGGAUGCUUUUUUAAGUGCAGAAAGGGAGAUAUGGGCAUUGACGGACCGCCACAAACGAACCACUGACUCAGAAUGAGCUCCUUUUAAGAGUGUAGAGUGUGUAUGAGUAUGUGUGCUUCUGUGUGUGUGUGUGUGUGUGUGUGUGUGUGUGUGUGUGCGCGCAGGCAUUUAUGUUUGAGGGCCUUCUCUCUGUAUGUUUGCACUAAUUCAAAUGGACUAAUUUGAGAGAUUGGACCCUGAGCUUGUCUGGAGAGAAAAAACCCAUAUAAACCAGCUUAGACUGCAGAUCCCACCCAUUCUUUUUCUCUCUACCACUCUCUCAAUAUUUCUUUCUUUCUUUCUCUCUCUCUCUCUCUCUCUCUUCAAACACUCUUAGAUGCAGAUGGAGGAUGUGUUAAAGUGAACUAUCUCAACUUUGAUGUUUUAAAUCUACAUUGCCAAAAGCCUCAGUGCUGUCCUCGUUCAGUUCCUUGGUUCCUUUUUAUUUGUUUAUUUAUUUAUUUAUUUAUUUAUUUGUCUGUCUCAAAUUGACGGGCAUCUUAUUCAGAAUGCAGCCCAUUUCUCAUAUUUUUCUUCUGAACUAGGCUGUAGUCUCUUCUCUUGUGUAACGGUGUGAUACCCUGCUUGUCCUGGGGUUUAAUUAAACUGGGUCUAGUCCGGGGCUGUUUUUUACAGAAUGACUGACUGCGUCACCUCGCCACAGUUCCACUAUCAUGUAUUUUUUACUCAGCAGAUUCGUGGGCAAAAUAUGCAUCUGGCAGCGGUUUUUAAACUAGAGGUCACAAUAGGGUGCUAGGGGGCCACAGAAUAAUAUUCAAGGUUGUCUUAGAGGAUCUCUUAGAUAUAUAAUUUUCUAUUUAUCAUUAUCUGAUUUGGACAUAUCUUAAAAAGUGGUGCCUGGUUAGAUAAAAAAAAACACAAAAAAAGUUGCAAAACCUUAUUUAUCUUGAGUUAUUAUCUCGAGUAGAGUAGGGGUUGGAGAGCCACAGUGACAUUUACAAUCCCGAAUAAAAAAACUUGAGAACAUAAGAAAAGCCUAAAGAAAGUCUAUCGUCAUCCGCUAUUUCACUAUUUUACACAGUACUACAGUUUCCUCUAUCAGGAACAGGUGGCUUGGGCCGUCUCAGAAAAAAUGAAAUAAAUUGAUUUAUUCUGUUUUUUACAAGAGUGGAAUUGAGCAACUGCCAGGACUUCUAUUUUGCAUCGAAAUCAAGUCAGAGAAUUUUCUGGAGUGCUCCUUUAAAUGUUCAAAAUGUCCUUUAAUUUUUUACUUUUGAAUGAGGCCCUCCUCACUAGUCAUGCACUAUUAAAUAUGAUGUUAAAAUGGUUUUGUCUGAACAUGAAUAGCAUUGAAUCCUUUAAAAGAAAGCAUGGUCAUAGUCUCAGGUGCAGCAGAAUCAGAGUAGGACAGCAAAUCUAAAUAUCUAACAAUAUUAUUUUGAAAAUGAUUUGCUAACUGGAAGAGCUCUGUUCUGUCCCAGUGGCCAUAGCUGUUUGACCUUUCUAUCUCCUUAACCAUCCUAAGAGUAUGAAGCCCUUUCCUUGUGACCUCAUUCCAGCAUCUAAAAACAAAAGCAUGAGCAGUGUGUUGUACGUUAACUUACUAAACCAUGCUGGAAACAAUACUGUACAAUUAUUUCACUUUUAUUUUAGCCAUAUGUGUAAAUUAAAUGUUAGAAUGGAAAUACUCCUACAGAAAUCACUCUUGGGUACACAGAACACUGGUAGAAAAUUAGCUUAAAUCUAGUCAAUAUACACUUAAAAUAAAAACAACAGUAACCCAAAAAGAAGUGUCUGCUUACAAUGCUAAUCAAAAGAAGAUAAAGGUCACCAGGAACAAUAAAUGAUUAAAAAUGUAGACUGAUGCAGCCAACAUUUACUAAGCUGCGCAUAGAAAAGUAGUGUGCAACGCUCUGCAGCCUAAGUAUGGAGUUGCAGAGGUUCCUGUAAUGAUGUCCUGUGAUAAUUCAUCUCAUACAGCUCAAAUAUCUUCAUGCACUUCCUGCUGAUUUUUUGGUAGGAAUUUAGUGUUGAUAGUGCCUCAAAUAGCAUCCCACCCAUUUUCAGUUGCGGUUAGUUGAGGCAUUGUACUUCACCAUUGUAAGUUGCUUUGGACAAAAGCAUCUGCCAAAUGUAAUGUAAUGUAAUGUAAUAUAAUGCAUAGCAUCUGAGUCCUGAAGACAAGCUCUUGAGAUGGCAGCAGCUUUUCAAAAGUUGGCUUCUCAGCAUAUGAUAUGUGACAAGAAAACAUUAAUCUUGGCUCUCUGUCCAUGGUGCCUUCACAAGCAGAAUGAGGCUUAUCACUGAAGAUGACACGCUGCCAUCCUGCAUUUAUCUUUAAAGAUGACAAAUGAAUCUGUGAUGAGGCACUGUGGUAAGCAUUACAUGUAAGUUACAUGUGUUACACACGACUUUAGUAAGUGUAGCUUGAUAAAUACUGCCCAUAUCAGUCCACAUUAAUAAUCAUCAUUAAUGUUCCUGGUAACCCUUCUGAAUAAUAUUGCAAUCCCACACUUCUGCACAUUCUGGGUGCAACUAAAUUUUGUGAGUUUGUGAGCCAUGUAGAAAUAUUAUAAAACUAUAUUUACUGGGCCUUUGUCAGUUUAUUUUGUGGGAGCUAAAAAGUUUGUGUGAUUCUAUAAAAAAAUCUAUAAAACAUAUUUUAUAUACAGUACCAGUCAAAUGUUUGAAAAUGUUUCACAUUGUAAAUUUAAUAUUGAAGACAUUAAAGCUAUACAGGAAAAUGCUUUGUAAGCUAAAAUUGUUAAACAAAUCAGAGUAAGUUUUAUUCUUUAAAUUCUAAAGUAGCUACAUUUAUCUUUUUGGACAGAUCUGCGCCUUCUUGGUAUUUUAAUCUCUGUGUCUUCAUGAGGGAGUCACCUGGAAUAGUUUUCUCAGCGUCUUUUCUGGAGGUGCUGAACAAUAGUUGCUGCUUUUCCUUCACGCUGUGAAGCUCCAGCUCAUCCCAAAUCACCAUCUCAGUUGUGUUUAGAUAAUCACUUUUUUGUUUACUAAAUAAUGUGUUUUGAUGUAUUUGAUAUUGAUAUACAAUGUAGAAAAUAAAUUAAAUAUGAAAUAAAGGAAGACAAAAAGAAUGAGAAGGUGUGUCCAAACUUCAGAACUUUAGACUGGUACUGUACACUUUCAACACAGAAUUUCGGAAAUGUGUGAAUUGAAAUGAGAUAUAUAAUGUAUAAUUUGUCUUUUCUUGGAUGUUUUUAUUUUGAUUAUUUGAUUGGCUUAAUUUAAAAGUAUUCUUAAUAAGCCACAUAACAUGUGUGCAAGUAGUUAAAAGUAAAAGUAGUAUAUAUUUUAAAUCAUUUUAUAAUAUUUCUACAACAUUCCUCUGCAUAAAUAAAUCUUAGACAUAUUUACUUGACUUAAGAUGGAUUCAGAUAAUGGCCCCGUCUGCUGUAUUGACCUUUAUAAAAGUCAUGUUUUACUGAGUGUGUGAAUGCUUGAGAGUGUGUGUGUGUUUUUUUUCUUUUAACUUCUCCUUUAAUAUCCUGUCGGAAGAUGGAGCUGCAUUGCUGAGGGAGGAUUUUGGAGUUUGUGUUGUUUGCUUUAAAGAAAAUCUGUCAGCUUAGAGUUGAGAUUACUGUGAUCUUGUAAUAUUUCCACUAAUAUGUCAGUAUGUCUCCCUUCAUCUGAAAACAAAAAGAUGGAAAACUUAAAUUGAAAGGUCUCAUGUUAACCUUUACAGGCCCUGGAAAAUGUUUGGCUAAGGAAGGAAUGAGGAGAGUUUAGGAGAGGGCCUGCUGUGAUAAACCUCAUCUGGUUUAAAUUUGGCCAAAGUGGAGUAAAGCAGCUGAAUAUGGACAGACAGACAGAACUCCAUACACUUUGGUUGAAUUCCGUUUUUGUGUGCCACUUAAUGUCUACGUCCUUCAGACUUUGUUCGAGUUCACUGCACUUUUUUUGACACUGCACUGACUGUCUCCUCACUGCUGGCUCUGUCACUGUGUCUGCAUGGACCACGAAGAAUCCUCCUUUCUGUUGCUGAUUUGCUUUUCCAACACUAGGUGGCUGCCUUGUGUCUAUAAAUGAGAAUUCAAGCAUUGCUUACUGAUCUACAUUUCUAGGCAAAUUUGUGUAGUAUGAAAAUUCCCCAGAACCACUACAGAAAAAAAGCAAUGUUGUAAUUUGUUCCCCUUUUUGUAAAUGUGCAGAGAGCAUCUGGAAAUGUGUGAAAUGAAAUAAGAUAAAGUUUUGAGUAUAAGAAU